AGCAUAUAUUUAGUUCACGUCUUAUAAAAGAUUGCAAUGAAGUUAUAAAGUAUUUUAAAAAAUCGCAUCAACCAAAUGCAUAUUUACAACAAGCGAUUAAUGAGUUGAAUAUUUCUGGUGGCGGGUUAAAAAAAUUCAUCGAUACAAGAUGGGUUUCUGCAUAUGAAUGUACCUUAUCUGUUAGUCGGCUUGAACGUGCAUUUAUUAAAAUUAUAAAUGAAAACCCGGAUUUAAUUACAAAUCGUAGUGUAAAACAAAUUUUAAAAAAAGCAUUUUUCUUCGUAGACCUUAAAAUUUUAGUUAAGAUUUUGGCACCUAUUCGAGCGAUAAUUAUGAAUUUAGAAGCUCAAUCAACAACCUUGGCUGAUUGCUUUUUACAGUUUGUUCG